AUGCACCUUAAGUGCUGUCCAAUAAAUUCUCAACAGUGUUCGUGCUUAGUGAGCGACGUCGGCAAUGACGACUGUGCCAGAUUUGACAGUAAACUUGUUGAGGUGGAUAAAUUAGUUUACUCUUUGAAAAUGGAGGAAGAUCGUCAUCUUUUCAGGCAAAACCUUGAGGGUCAACUGUUGAAGUUCACAAAUGUCAUGAAGGGCUUUCAGUAUCGAUGGAUCGUUGUGGAAUCGACCAAUGGUGUGCUGGAAUACUAUGAGAGGGAGGAGCACAAGAAGUUUCAAAAACCUCGUAGCUCCGUUAGUCUUCUGUUUGCCACAGUUUGUCCCUCGGACGAAGACUCACAGACCUUCAUUGUAAAUACAUCUCAGGGUGAAAAUCUUCGCUUCAAGGCUGCAGACGCAAGGGAACGUCAACUUUGGGUGAAUCACAUUCGCGCGGUUGCAGAGUUUCACACCGAAAAAGCUACUGAUCAGAAUAGCCUCCCAGGUCUGCCAUCAGCUGUGCAAAGACCAUCACUUUUGCCUGUGAAGGAGGCUCGACCGGUGAUGCUUAACUCCUCUAAUUCAGACCAGUCCUCCCGAUCCCACCGCUCUUCCAGCAGUAGGACUGGACGCAGUGCUGAUAGAAAGUUCGCCUUGGAUACCCCUUCCCCCUAUUCCGCAGAAGUCAAUCUCGCUGCUAGCGACGCACCGGCACUGGUGGAUCCCUACCAACAACUGAACGAACUCUUUCGGCUACUCGAACGUGAGGGCAAUCUCUUGGCUCGCGAUAUUGACGACGUGUACAACCAACCUACUGCAGCGUUUGCCAACAGAAAUCCUGAAGUCACUGAACUUUACCGGAAUCUCCUCAUAAUAAAGGCGACGAGUCAGGCCUCAAUCAAGUCACUGAAACAAUGCCUCGGUGGGCUCCAACACGACAACAGCAACGUUUCUCUCGACUCGAAAGGUGAUUGGUCACAAGUGCCAGCCAAUGGCAAGCGUAACAAGUAUGAUGAGAAGUUGAAGGUGGGUUUUCAGAGUCGGGAGCAGCUGCAAGUAAUGAUCCUCUUACCCCAACAAGGGGAGCAAAUCAGGAGUGUGGGCAGCCCAAUGCCACCGCCCAUAACUGGAAUGUCCGAAUCGGCAUUUUUGGUGAACCGCGACGAGGAAGUCGCCACGAAUUCGAUCGAGGACGAAGAAAUAGGGUCCGUUGAAAAUUACAAAAGCGUCAUUAUGCACGUGGUCUCACAGUUAAAAGAAGGAAAGGAUUUGACGCAGAUUGUGCUGCCAACUUUUAUACUAGAACGGCGUUCAUUACUUGAGAUGUUUGCCGACUAUAAUGCACAUCCUCAAUUGCUCAUAAACAUCACAAAUGGAGUGUCACCGCAUGAGAGAAUGAAGAACUUCAUCAAGUGGUAUUUAACGGCUUUCCACGCCAGUAGAAAGGACAAGGUAGCAAGGAAGCCCUACAACCCAAUAAUUGGUGAGAUCUUCCAAUGCAGCUGGCGUCUCCCUACAGCCGAGAGGGGCUCCCCCGAGCAGAUCUUAAUAACAUUUUGCGGUGAGCAAGUAUCCCAUCAUCCACCUAUCAGCGCCUUCCAAAUCAAUUGUCCUCAACGAAAAAUUGAACUUGUGGGAGCCGUACACACCCAGUCGCAAUUCCGCGCUCUCAGCAUCUACGUCGACAUGAUUGGCAAAGCUAUGGUCCUGUCAAAGGACCUAGGGCACCAGCACGAAGAACUUGUGCAAUAUCUCAGCGCCAAGUUUGGAGAGAUUUGUGCUCCCGGUGGUGGGACUGAGCUAGUCAUCCUGAAGCUGGGCGAACAUAACGAAGAAUACAUCUUCUCUCUGCCCACUGCCUACGGCCGCUCGAUUCUCAAGGUGCCCUGGUUCGAGCUUGGGGGUACCAUCCCCGUCGAGUGUCCCCAGUCCGGCUACUCGGCUCGCAUCCGAUUCUACACAAAGGCAAGGUGUUUUUAUGUACGACGCCAAGUUGAUGCCAUCGAAGAGUUGGGCUAUGGUGGUUCAAAGAAUAUGCAUACGAUCCCGGAAUUAUUUCAAUCGCAAUCAAUAAACACAAAUCGGUUACAUCGGGUACUCGCUGAAUUAUUUGCGCCAACCACUUCAGAUAGUUCCGAAAAACCUGUGGUUACUGUUACAGGCCACUGGAAUUCCACCAUGGAAUUUGUUGAUCAGGUUUCGGGCACCACAGAAGUGAUAGACGCAAGAGUAAUGAAGAGAGAGCCCAAAUGGGUUCGGCCAGUGUCUUUUCAGGCACCUGAAGAGUCUCAACGACUGUGGACUGCAGUUACAGCGGCCUUGGAAGUCGGUGAUAUUGACCUCGCAACCAAGGAAAAAACUAAGCUUGAGGAAAUUCAACGUGCCAGUGAACAGGCACGAACGAGGAGACAUAUUGCACACACACCAAGAUACUUCAAGGAAACGCCAAACGGCUACGUUCCUAUUCACCCACUGGCAACGUCCAUUAGUCAUUCGGACUAG